UGUUCUAUAAAACAGAAUCGCAAGAAUAGACAGCCCACAUCACAAAGUCAUCGCUCUCCCUGGUUAUCCCAAUUCCGACCCCAUCGUCUAAUAUCUCAAAUGACCGUUUCAAACGCAAGUCCUACUGUAUGGUUCAUCACCGGCGCCAACCGGGGCAUCGGGCUCGGCAUUGUUCAACUGCUCGCCCAGCGGCCCGACACUAUCGUGAUAGCUACGACUCGUAAUCCUGCAGAAGCGCUGGAGCUCGCCGAGCUUGCCCAAACCCACACCAACGUUCACAUUGUCAAACUCGAAGUCACCUCCGACGCCGAUCAUAUCAAGGCACUUGAGGAUAUCGCUCGGAUCGCCCCAACCGGUGUGGAUGUGCUGCUCGCCAAUGCCGGAGUGAACCCCAUGCCCCCUGCCCUGGCGCUUGACGUGCCCUUGAGCCAAGUGCAGGCCGCAUUCGACGUCAAUACAUUAGGUCCCCUUCGGGCCUUUCACACACUCUACCCGCUGCUCAAGAUGAAGACCACCCGCAAAGUUUUCUUCACAUCAUCUGAGAUGGGGACGUUCGAUAAGCUUCCGAUGGCCAUGUUCCCUACGUUCGCGUACAACCUCUCCAAGCUCGCAGCGCGGUACACGGCGAUGGAGAUUGCUCGAGAUCUCAAAGGGGAAGAGUUCACCGUCAUCCCCAUCCAUCCAGGCUGGGUCGCGACUGAAAUGGGCAACAAAGGGGCAAAGCUUUUCGAUCUUGAACAAGCACCCGUCUCUAUCCUGGAGAGCGCCGGUGGUAUCAUCAAGACGAUUGAGGCGGCGACCACGCAGGAUAGUGGUAGAUUUCUGAACUGGAAAGGGGAGGAGGUGCCGCUUUGAUAGAAUUGCUACGGCCUAGCCCUCUGUACUUAUACCCUUGUCGCCCCCGAAACCCUGUUUUUAAACCUAUAAUUCCGACAAGUGAACUCAUGAGAAGCAGAAUUUGAGGUGUUAUUGGUUCACUAGGGAAAUCCUAACCUCC